AGCUAUAUAUAGUUUGCUUUGAUCCAAACCCUGUUAAGACUCAAGGGGGAACAAUCUUGAAACUCUAAGUCAUGGCUUGGAAGAUUACAGCCAUGUUUUUCAUCUUGUUGAUUUUCUUGUUUGUGUCGUUACCACCCAUUUAUGCUUGUACGCCAUGCACGCAACCACAACCUCCCCCAUACCACCGUCCAAAAUACCCCGGUAACCCUAAAAUAAAACAUCCACCGAGACAUGGAGGCGCCCCAAAGGUAAAGCCGCCAAGGCCACCUGUUAUUCUUCCACCAAUAACGAACCCUCCCGUUACAAUCCGACCACCUUCUUCUCCUUAUCCACCAUACGCCGGCAGUCCACCCUCUGGAGGAGGCGGUGGUAGCGGUGGUGGUGGUGGUGGCGGUGGCGGAGGUGGGGGUAGCAUUCCUGCUCCACCAACUACACAACCAACAUGCCCGGUUAAUGCACUUAAGCUAGGACUGUGCGUGGAUGUGCUUGGAGGAUUGGUGCAUAUUGGAUUAGGAAACCCAGUUGAGAACUCUUGCUGCCCAGUGCUGGGUGGUUUACUAGAGCUUGAAGCAGCCGUUUGUCUUUGCACUGCUAUAAGGCUUAAGCUCCUCAACCUUAACAUCUUCAUCCCCCUCGCUCUUCAAGCUUUAAUAACGUGUGGGAAAAACCCUCCACCUGGUUUCAUUUGUCCUCCUCUUUAAUGGCCGCCAUUCAUCCAAAAACGAGGUGAUCGAAUAAACUUUCUCCGGACGCACAAGUAACAAAAUAAUCAGAUCGUGAGCUCAGUUUCUAGGCAGGGUUGCCACCUUGGCCACCCAUGCUGACUGUUUCAUUAAUUAACUACAAAUUUUUUUUUUGAAAAUAAUGUGUACUUUUCCAUUAUUAGGUUUGAUUAGGUCGGUUUGUCCUAGGGUUUCACCAUUGUUGUAUUUUCAAUUGAUUUAGAAUUUGUUUUUCUUUAA